UCUUAGUUCCAAGAAACUCACCUCACAACAGAGUUCCUCUUCUUGUUCAAGACGCUACCAUUUUCUCCUCUUCAACACCACAAGCUCCCUUAUAUCAUCACCAACCUCCCUCUCUAUCUUCCAAAAUCUUGAGCCCUCCCUCCUGCUUUUCAUUUUUUUUUCAUGGCCUCUUCUCCAGGGAGCUUAGACACUUCUGCAAAUUCACACUCAGAAGGCAGUAGCAGCUAUUUUUCUUUCAAUACUAACAGUUCUUCUCGCUACCCUUUCAUGACUUCUUCUUCUCUCACCGAUCUUCUUGCUUCAAGUGAUGAAGAACCCAAUAAUCAUAUCACAAAUAAUAGUAAGUUGUCUGAUAGGAUAGCUGAGAGAACUGGCUCUGGUGUGCCUAAGUUUAAGUCAAUUCCUCCUCCUUCUUUGCCUUUAUCUCCUCCUCCUGUUUCUCCUUCUUCUUACUUUGCUAUUCCUGCUGGUUUAAGCCCUGCGGAGCUCUUGGACUCUCCUGUCUUGUUAAACCCUUCUAAUAUUUUGCCAUCUCCAACAACUGGAACGUUUCCAGCUCAGGCUUUUAAUUGGAAGAGUAGUUAUGGUAAUAGCCUGCAAAAUGUCAAGAAAGAAGACAGGACUUUCUCUGAUUUCUCUUUCCAGCAACCAGCAAGGCCACCCACAACUUCAACAGCCAUGUUUCAGUCUUCGAACGCCACAAUUCAGCCUGAACAGCAACAAACAUGGGGGUUUCAAGAAUCUGCGAAGCAAGAUGCGUUUGUUUCAGGGAAGAAUAGUAUGGUAAAAAUGGAAUACAACUCUAAUUCUAUGCAGAGUUUCUCCCCUGAGAUUGCUGCAAUUCAAACAAACCCUCAAAGCAACAAUGGGUUCCAAUCUGAUUAUGGUAAUCAACAACAGCAGUAUCAAUCUGUUAGGGAGCAGAGAAGAUCAGAUGAUGGGUAUAAUUGGAGAAAGUAUGGUCAAAAACAAGUUAAAGGAAGUGAAAAUCCAAGGAGUUAUUACAAGUGCACAUACCCCAAUUGUCCAACAAAGAAGAUACUUGAGAGGUCUUUGGAUGGACAAGUAACCGAGAUAGUUUAUAAGGGUAGUCAUAACCAUCCUAAACCUCAGUCUACUAGGAGAUCAUCAUCAUCAACAACAGCUUCUAAUCUUGGAAUGAUACCGGCGCCUAAUAGUAACCCUAAUGAGAUUCAAGAACAGUCAUAUGUUACUCAUGGUAGUGGACAAAUGGACUCCUCAGUUGCUACACCUGAGAAUUCUUCAAUUUCAAUCGGGGAUGAUGAUUUUGAUUCUCAAAGGAGUAGAUCAGGAGGUGGUGAUGACUUUGAUGAGGAUGAACCUGAGGCCAAAAGAUGGAAAAGAGAGGGUGACAAUGAAGGGAUUUCAGCACCUGGCAGCAAAGCAGUGAGAGAGCCAAGAGUUGUGGUUCAAACCACUAGUGACAUAGACAUCCUAGAUGAUGGGUACAGGUGGAGGAAAUAUGGGCAGAAAGUGGUCAAGGGAAACCCAAAUCCAAGGAGCUACUACAAGUGCACAUAUCAAGGAUGCCCUGUAAGAAAGCAUGUUGAGAGAGCAUCCCAUGACCUUAGGGCAGUGAUCACAACCUAUGAAGGGAAGCACAACCAUGAUGUUCCUGCUGCUCGCGGCACCGGCAGCAGGUCAUUGCCGGGCCACAACAACAAUGGUAACAACAAUAGCAACCAUGCGGUAAUGGCAAUUAUGCCAUCAGCUGUAAACCAUGUGUUUAACAAUUCCAUCAACAACCCUGUAAGGGAUCAAAGGGUACCAACAACAACAUCCGAAGGUAACAUGCCUUUUACCCUAGAGAUGUUGCAAAGUCCAGGAAGUUUUGGAUUCUCAGGAUUUGGAAACCUCAUGGGGCCUUACAUGAAUCAAUCAUCAACAGAUGAAGUUUUUUCAAGGGCCAAAAGGGAAUUGGAAGUGGAAAAUUUUUGGUAGGAAACAGCCACUACUACUAAAAAGAAAAAAAAUUCUCUCAAAAGAAUAAGAAAGUCAUCAAAGUUCAUCUCUCAUUAAUUGCAUUCAAGUUUGGUUAUUUUCUUUGUUGUAUAUUUUUUCCACUACUACAAAAGGGAUUUGGUCGUGUAUAUUCCAAUUGUAUUUGUCAUAGUUUAUAGGAGUUCUUGUUGCCUAUCCAUGUCCUUAACAUAAACAUAUAUAUAUUUUUUAUUGUUUCGAGGCUUUUAGCUACACACACUACAAUGCAAGCCUCAAAUCAA